AUGACGCAGAAACAACCUUGGAGCAAGGAGGAGAUCGAAGUAGCAUUAUCGAAUCUUCCGGGAGGCAAUAUAGUUUCAUCUCUGAUUCCUACUCUUCAUGGCGAUACUCUACAAAAGGUUCUGGAAGAAUUUCAAUGUGUGACUCUCAAAAAAAAUGAAAAUCACAAGCAUAAUGUAUCGUUGCCUACAUCCGCAGAUGAAAUUAAGCAAAAUACUACAUUGGUUGACGAAAAUGGAGCAAUGCCUAUUACGACUGCGAGACAACUACUUGUAGAAUGGCCGGAUACGUGUCUACUGAUUUCUAGCUGGCUGGGUCAUGUAGAAAUAGUUAAGGCUUUGUUAGAAAAAGGCGUGCCAGUUUCUACAAGCGACACUGAUGGAAGAACACCGCUACAUCUGGCUGCGUGUACCACGUCCACAGAGAUCGUGGAGGAGCUAUUGAAACAUGGUGCUGAUCCAUGUGAGUGGGAUUUUAAGAAAAAAUGCACCCCGUUGCAUUGCGCUGCCGCAGCUGGUUGCGUUGCUACUGUUAAAUGCUUGAUCAUGUCAGGCGCAAAUGUGCAUGCCAGAAGAAGUCCACUUUAUUACGCCGUGCUGAACAAUGCUGUGGAUUGCGUCGAAGCUCUACUGCAAGCAGGUGCUUGUCCUAAUAAUCCACAGGUUUAUACAAAGAUGCCUUUGCAUGUGGCGGCUAGUUUGGGCAAUGUUCACUGCAUGAAAUUACUGUUGGAUCACGGCGCGGAUGUGACAAUGGAAACAGAAAUCACGAAAUCGACGCCCCUACACUUGGCGGCGAAAAAGGGUAAUGCGGAAUGCACUAGAUUACUGUUGAAAGCCGGCUCAAAAACUGAGACAACAAACUCGAGUGGUCAAACGGCGAUGCACUUGGCAACGCUGGCCCAAUCUGUAGAGACGAUAGACAUGUUGAUUAGCGCUGGUGCAAGGGUGAAUGCAGAGGAUAAUGAAGAACGCACUCCUCUACAUGCUGCGGUUGCAAGUGCUCGGCAAAGCAGUGAACUGGUCAAGACUUUAAUAAAUGCAGGCGCAUCAGUUAAUAAGGCGGACAAUUGCGGUUACACACCGCUGCACAUCGCUGCUUUGAACGAGAGCUCGCACAUAGUGGGGAUGUUGUUGUCAGAAGGCGACAUAACAGCGCGUACCAAGGACGGCAUCACCGCUCUUAGCUUUAUCGUAUCCCGUACUCCGGAGGUGUUAUCGCAACUGGCGACGCGUUUCGAUCAAGCAGUCUCAUUACACUAUCACGAACUUGGCGAUAUGGACUGUGAACUGCGAGUGGAUUUUCGACCAUUGGUUCCAUUGGGCGGUCGCAACGAAACUCUGCUCUGUCUGGUGGAGGCCGGUCAAGGUGACACUAAACACCCAUUGUGCCAGAGUUUUCUCUAUCUAAAAUGGAAGCGUAUUCGCAAGUUUUUCCUGCUCAGUCUUCUGUUCCAUUUAAUCUUUGUUACUUUCUUCACCGGCUUCGUCUGUACGACAUAUUCGACAUAUUGGCGCAAUAUAAAAGUGAGCAAUGUUCUUUUCUGGCCAAUAUUAGGUUUUACCUGCAUACUCGCGAGUAAAAACCUCUUUCAAAUUACCUAUGGUAUUUGCUAUUAUAUUAAACGCUGGAAAAACUGGCUAGAGUGGAGCGUGAUCGUGACAUCCAGCAUCAUCUUGAUUCCUCCAGCGCGUUUAUGGCAAUAUCAUGUUUCGGCCCUAGGUAUUUUCUUGGCCUGGAUUCUGCUGAUGAUUGUGAUCUAUCGGUUUCCCACGUUUAGAUUGUUCGUACAAAUGUGUAUGCGAGCGUUCAUCAAUUUGAUCAAAUUUUGUAUAAUCUUCGUUAGUCUUAUAACCGGCUUCGCUCUUAGUUUUCAGGUUUUAAUAAAUUUAGUAGUCAAGUCUUACAUAAAAAUAAAGUCAGAUAAUAUGGAUCCAAAGAUGGUUUUCUCUGAAGAGAAGGAUCUAAAGAUGGUUUUCUCUGAAGAUAUGGAUCCAAAGGUGGUUUUCUCUGAAGAUGUGGAUUCAAAGGUGGUUUUCUCUGAAGAAUAUCUUCAAUGGUUAUAUAAGUUUCUUGAAAUUUCUUACGCGAUUAAUGUAAUAUUUUUUGGGUUCGUUAUCUUGGUGGCAGUGACACUAAUAAAACUAAAGACUAGUCUGGCUGCGACGGAUAUGGAGAAGUUACAUAGACGCGCGGGUCUCGAACGACUGGUGUGUCACGCCAAGGUAAUAGCUUGUUUCGAAAAUAUGCUUGAUUACACUCAUGCGUGUAAAAUAAUACAAGCGUGCAGAAAGAAUAUACUACUGUUGUAUCCAUCGCAUGAUUGUACCCUUGAUACCCUACAUAUUCGGAUGAAUGAUCCGCGCGACAAGCGUCUACCACGAGAGCUCAUUCAGUCGUUGUAUCGUCUGGCCCUUGAGCAGAAAAUACGACGAGCGACUUUUUACACAUCAUCAUUCAAAAACAUUACCGCAAAUAAACCGAAUCAUGCGAGACUCAGCAGGACGUACAGCAAUGACAGUAACCAACAGCAUCUGAACGAAAUCAUGGCCGAGCUAAAGAAAUGCUCCCAUAAUGUGGCCGAGCUAAAGAAAUGCUCUCAUGACAUCAGUAUCAGGUUAUAUAGCUUGACGAACAAGAUAGAGAAUAUAGACCGAGAUAGAGAUUUGACGAUAUAUUUAUAACAUUAUUAACGUUGCCUAAUAUUCUAUAUUGAACAUUUGAAUUGUUUUAAAAAAGCGAAACUCGAAUGGUCUACCAAAGCAGAAUCUAAAAUUCAAGGAACAAUGCAAAGAUAUGAUACACUAAAGCAACUAACAAAUCGAAAAUAAUUAUAAAU